CCAACAGCUCGGCUCUAUCUCUCUUUCUCCAACAACGCUAUUCUCUCUUUCUCAUGUUUCUUCAAGUAACAGUCGGCUGAAAUUCUUUGCUCUACUGGUACUGAUGGAACAAGCUAGAGAAAAUUCAAGAGUGACUUGGAGAACUGAGGUAGUAAAAACUUUUUUAGAAACUUGUAUUCAAGAAGUAUCGUUGAAUGGAAGACUUGGAAGUAGUUUGAAGCCAGAUUCAUGGAACAAGGCUAAGGUUGUUCUUGAGACUUCUCAUGACUUUGUAGUCACACAAAAGAAGAUGAAGAACCAAUAUGAUUAUCUAAAUGAAAAAUAUCAAGCUUGGUUGCCAAUAACUAAAAAGACUGACAAUGUUUAUGAUCCAACAACUAAUACUAUUCGAAUGUCUAAUGAGAAGUGGGAUGAGUACAUAACGGCUCAUCCAAAGGCCAAGACAUUGAGGAGAUCUAACUUAAGAACUUUUCAAAAUCUACAACUCUUGAUCGACAAGCAUGGUACCGCUUCCGUGUCUACUCAUAUAGUUAUAGAUUCACUUGAUGACAUUGAGGAUCGACUUGGUGAUAAAAAUGAUGGAGCUUCUAAAGAUUCUUCAUCUCAAUCUUCAAUUCCGAUUGAAAACAAGAAUUUAGGAAAAAAAAGAAAGAACACAACAUCCCGAUUGCCAAUUGAUGAGAAGAUGAAUGCUGCAUUGGAGUUAUUAAUUAACAAAAAUAACGCGCUUGACGAAGAAGAAUGUAUCAAAAAAUUAGACGGACUUGGAUGGGGAGAGCCAUUGUACUCUGCAGCUCUUAGUAUAUUUUGUGAAGGUGAUAGCUACAAGAAAACAUGGAUGAAACUGUCAGGGGUUAACAAAUUAGAGAACUAUGUCAAAACCAUGGGGAAAAAAUGGGAAUUCUUUGAUUUUGCUGAUUAG